CUACAGACUGUCUAUAUGGAGCUGGAGGACUCAAGGGCGCGGAUUGCGCAAGAUACGGUGCUGAUUGGCGGGUUGCAGGAGAAAGUUCUGGAGUUGCAGGCGCUGGUGCAGAAGCAGAAGGUCACGAUCAGUAAUCAGAGUAAGACGAUUUCGGACCCGAGGAUUAUUAGAAAGCAGUCGCAGCAGCAGCAACCACAGCAGGUUGCUGGUUGUGGUAAUGGGGCUGCUGUGCCGAUGACACCGCAGCGGCAUGGACAAGGACAAGGACAAGGACAGUGUCAGGGUUUGUCGCCGUUUGAGAGUCCGUAUUCAACUAGGUCUGGUUUUUCUGGUGCUUCUGGCACGUCUGGGGUUGAGGUUGGGGUUGAAUAUUUCCCUCCACCUCCUAUGUUCAACGUUAAUGGUAAUGGCGCUGUCCCUAGGUUUCCGGGACAGUGCCAGGAUCAGCAUUUAUCUGAAGUGAACCCUCUUCCUAUACCCUCGAUCUGGGAUCCUCUUUCUUGGUCCAAUGGCAGUCCGUACGCCGCUGCGUAUCUCGAUCCUACGACUUGCAUUGCAGAAUUCUCCUCUCGACUUCGCGAGCUGUGGACCAAGACAGAGCUGUUUGGUCAGGUCCAUGCGAAUGUUCCCAGCAUUUACAAGGAUAGUCAUCUGGACAAACGGGUGAAGGAGUAUAUCAUGUCUGUGUCGGAUAGACAGGGAGCGUCUUCCCUGCUGGGUAGUCCUGCAACGCGAUUCUUCCUUGUCGCCAAGGCGAUUAAUGCGUUUCUGGUGCAUGAUGUGCUGAAAGUGACUAUUAUCAAGGGCUUCGAUGCACAGGCGGAUAUGGAGAUUGGUGGUAUUAAAAAGCAGCUGUUCCCAGAUACACCCACCCCCAUCCGCCACAUAAUGAUAAUAGCCAUGACAACCAAAAUCCAAACCCUCAAAACAAAGUCCAACUUCAUCGACUUCUGCCAGCAAAAAACCCGCGACCACAUGCAAAAACUCUGGCACCUCAUCGGCCCCCUAACCACCAUCGACCCCCCCACCGGCAACAGCCAAGCCUGGACGGAUCUCUCAGCCAUCGUAUCAGAGGCUGAGAUGCUCGCGCUGGAUAUGUACUCUGUGCCGUUCGAAUAUCGGUCUGAAUUCCCCGCUGUGAACGAGGCUUUUGAUCCGGCUACGAUGGUUAAUAGUGAUGCGUUUGUUACGGGGGAUCCGGUUGUUUUGGCGGGGAGUGAUUGCCGGGUUAGGUUGGGGGUUACGCCUGUUGUUAGGGCGAGGGAUAAUUCGGAUUGUGAGGUGGGGGUUGUUAGAGUUGUUAGUAUGGGGAAUGUGUUGCUGAGGAUGGGUGGACAUAAAUAGGCUCUGUCUGGAUGGUUUCGGGAUUUUGAUGAUUUGAUUCUUCUUUUUUGAUUUGGUUGGAAAAACGCGAUGGUUAUUUGAUUUUAUGUUGAUGCGGGUUGUUUAUUCCUUGAUUGAACGUUUUGUGGGCUUGUGCUUUUCGUUCAUUGAUUUAUCUGAUGGUAUUCUGGGAUAGAG